AUGAACCUGCCUCUUGUGGCUGAGUGCUCAAGCAUCCCUGAGCCUCAAGUACCGUAUGUAAAUAGGACAUUGGCACAGCUUAUGGCGCAGGAAUCAAAGACAAUUCUCACUGCCACUCAAUCGGCCGUGGGACAUGCACAGCAGGAAUCACAACAGUACGGUACUAUGUCUAGUGCAGUUCCUAGCACUACCCUUCAGGCACGACAAUUGCUCCCGCGUCCGUGCCCGUUGAGUAAUAGUGUGCUGGAGGGUACAAGGGACGGUCAUCCUCUUGAGACAGCGCACGUACCUGUCACCGGCAAUAAGCCGAGUGUUCCCGACAACUAA